AUGAUCAUAGGUUCCGUCAUCCAGGUAGCAGCUCAAAAUACAGCUAUGUUAAUCGUCGGACGGAUGGUUGCUGGAUUGGGUUUGGGUGGAAUCACAUCAACUUUACCAAGUUGGCAAAACGAAACUUCACCGGCCAAACUGAGAGGUACUGUCAUAUGCACUUCGUUAAGUUUCCUUAUCAUCGGUCAAUUGAUCGCUUAUUGGGCUGGAUAUGGUUUACUUCAACAAUUCCCAACUCAAAAUAUCACUUGGAGACUAUUAUUCGCACUUCAAACUAUCAGUGUAUCAAUUAUGGCUCUCAUGGUCGUCUUCAUGCCUGAAUCUCCGAGAUGGCUAAUUGCACAUGGGAAAUACGAUCAAGCUCGAACCGUCGUCAGUUGUUUACUCAAUCGACCAGAGGAUAAUAUUCUGGUCAAUGAACAGAUCGAAGAUAUGACUAGGGCGAUUACGUUCGAGCAGGAACAUGGAGCCAGCUGGGCAGACCUGUUCACUUGGAAGAAGAAUGAUGAUGGACCAAGGGAGAAACGAAGAGUCUUCACUGCUUGCUGUAUCCAAAUCGCUCAACCAUUCUCGGGGUCUACGGUUCUAAGUUUCUAUCUCACAACAAUCUUCGAAGGCUCAGUCGGCUUCUCAGAACAUCUCUCAACGCUAAUGUCAGGCUUCCUACAAGUCUGGUUUUUGAUGGCUAGUUUCUUGACUUGGUUUCUUAUCGAAAGAGCAGGUAGGAGAAAUUGCUUUAUGGUCACAGCGAUCUGUAUGGGAAUCACAAUGGUCAUCCUCGCCGCAAUGGUCAAAGUCAAUACCAAACCUGCAGGAUACGUCGCAACGGUCUGUCUCUUCCUUUAUCAGAGCUUUUUUACUUGGGGAUGGAUGGCUGGUGUCUGGUGCUACAGUAACGAGAUUCUUUCAACAACUUAUCGUGCAAAAGGUGGAGGUCUCUGUGUUGCCUUGCAAUGGUUAUUCGAUUUUGUCAUCCUUCAAGUAACGCCCAUCGCCAUUUCUCAAAUCGGUUGGGGGAUGUUUCUCGUAUUUGCCGUAUUCAAUUUCGCCUACGCUCCACUCGUAUGGUUAUUCUGCCCUGAAACCGCGGGGGUACCACUCGAAUCGAUCGACGCGAUGUAUAUGCCAGGUGUAGACCCAGUGAAGGAAUCGGUCAAAAUUAGAAAAUACAUGAAAGAGGAAGCUUUGGCGAGAAGGAAACAAGGCGGAGAUGGAUACAAGGGUUCAAGAGGACAUGGAUUGGGUAGAAUCGGUAGUUUGAUGGGAGAGAAUAAACCUGAAGAAAGUAGGGUGGAGAGAAUGGGGGAUCUUGAUGGACAGGCUGGUAAAAAUAACACGGCAAUUACUAUCGAGUAG